AUGAGGGAACCAAAACAAUUCCCAAUGAUGAUGAAUUCUGCCUUUGCUCUUGCUGCAGUGGUCAAGGUUCUACUUGGUUUGUUGGCUGUUCUGCGAUUCGGCGCCGAUACUGAACAAGUCAUUACUGUCAACAUGAGCAUCAGCCCCAUCUUCAACAUCGUUGCCACAGUCCUGGUCGUCACAAAUGUCUUCCUGGCCUUCCCUAUUUGCAUGUUUGUUGUAUUAGAAACAUGGGACACCAAAGUGCUACCUUUUUUCCCACAUCUUAGCAAGGAAAGUAGCUACCAUUGGUUCUGGAUCCUGAUCACACGGGUCAUGCUUCUAACUUUUGCCUUGUUCCUUGCUGUUAUUGUUCCACACUUUGCCCUGUUGAUGGGGCUUGUUGGCAGCUUCACUGGUACAUGCCUUUCCUUUGUGUUUCCCUGCGUUUUUCAUCUGACCUUGAAGUGGAGGAAAACUCCUUGGUACAGCAUUGUGGUCAAGAUUGGGGUGAUUGUAUUUGGCUUAGUAUGUGGUGCAUCUGGUUUGUUUUUCUCAGGAAGAGAGCUUGGAAGAGCAUUCUCUUUCCAGAACUAACAUUACAGGACACUUCUUGGAAUCUGAUAGUGAUGACCUUAUUUCAAUAUGGACAAUUUUUGUAAUGGAACUGCUUUUGUAAGAAAAUUACACUGUACAUGAUUGCGAGCAUGUUUUGUAUUAGUAUGAGAAGAAGUGGUGAAAAAGAUUUGCAAAAAAGAAUUGCUGUAAUAGAGUUUCAGUGCAUCACAUUUUAUGCAUUGCAUUUUAUACUGCAAUUUAUUCAAUGGAGUUUGUAUUUUGUAAUAUACAUCACACAGUUGUUGCUUAUAAUUAUAUAUAUCAAGGACCAUUUUUCAUUCACCUCACCUCACCUAUCCUCUUUGUGCCUCAUGGCACAUAAGGCCUUCACAGAGUCCCUCCACUUACAGGGACCUGGUGGCACCAUAAAAUCAAAUACUAUGAUUUUAUUCCUUUUUUCGAUUUUCAAUAUGAAAAAAUUAUUUUCAAUUGUCAGCCCUCCCACUUUUCACCUUGCUCCGCGGCCCCUGACUUAUCUCGGUUAACUGCAGCGGUCUUCGCUUCCUCCCACGAUUGCCAUCCUGCUUCUGCCCUUUCCUUUUCAACUGUUCGCGUCCAGGUGGUUUUUGGUCUUCCUCUUCUUCAAUUUUCUUCUGGUGCCCAAGUUAUUGCUAUGUUGCAGUUGUUGUUUUGGUCCUGUCUCAGUAUAUGUUCAAUCAUCCUCCAUCUACACUGCGUCACCUCUUUACUCAUAGGUUUCAUGUCUGCUCUGUGUAGCUGCUCUUCAGUACUGACAUUUUUCAUUGGGGCAGAUGUCGGGACUGGUGGCGUUUUAUAGGUGGUUCCUUUAAUAUAUGAAUUAGGAAUUUUUUUACCAGGCCCCUUUUGUAGUUGUAAUUAGUAAUGGUAACAGGACUGAGUGGAGUCCAAUUCGAUCUGUAAUCAUACGAGUGAUUAACAAAAUUACGCGGGAGUCCGAUUUGUUUAAUCAUGAGUAUGAUUACAGACCGAAUUGGACGACACGAAGUUCUGUUACCAAUUAAUCAUAACUUUCACAAAAUUUGUGCUAUAAUAGGUUAUUUUUUACAUCAAAACACAAGAAAUUUGAAAUUUUGUUUUGCUAGCAGUGAAAAAAAACCGAUUUAAGUGCGUGCGUGAUGGCGCGUACUGUCCUAUUAAACUGUCCAAUUAAGGCUGAAAUCAGGGCAGUUGAUAGCCAAUCAGAUUUGACAAUUUUGUUAUAGUUAUGAUUACAGUGUAUAUGGGAUGUCUCGACCUUGUCUUUGGAAAUGAUGAAAAACUAAAACUUAUGAAGCUAUAUCUGAUAAAAUUGCAACAAACAUUUAAGUUUAGACUAAGACCUGUUGGGGAAUGAUAUAUCUUUAAACAAUGGUCCCUCAUGAUUUGAUCUGAAAAGAGACGAUUAUGACUCAAGCAUUAGAUAUAAUAGUAAAAAUGUUUACUUGCGCUGGUAUUUUUUUCUGUUUGCUCUCAAUGACUGUUAGGUGUUAAAAAUUUUAAGAUUAAAUAGGACAAAUAGUCAACGAAGGUUAACCCUUUAAGUCCCGAUAGUGACCGAGAUCAAUUUUCUCCUAACAAUAUCCAUAUGUUAAUACCCAGAGAAAUAGUUAUGAGAGUUAAUAAAAUGAUCACCUAAGAGAAAAUGCUUUGAUCUUCUACCAAAUUCUCCUAACUUAUUCUUUAAGGAAAUGUAGAGACCAGUUUGGAGAAUUUGUAUGUGAAUAUUGGGGCUUAAAGGGUUAACAGCUAAGUGCCCAAGGUCAUUCUAAAGUGAGUUGACAUUUCUAAAGUCCUACUAUCAACAUGCAGAUUCUCUCCACUGUCUCAGUAUGUUGCUAGAUAACGUUGUGUGUGGUCAGUGUAGAUUAGCCUGUUCACAGACCGUCUAUAUUCUCUUAAAAGUCCCUGGAGCGCGGGUGAUAAAAUAUAGACCGCAGGGGAUUUAUUGACUGCCAGCGCAAGGGGGUAGUGGAGGGGGGAAAAUGAAACAACGUCCGUGUACAGACUAAGUGCAGAUCAAAGGUCACACCUCCCCAGGGGCCCAGAGGCAGUUAGUCAAUUUGAGGAAAAAAGCGCAAACCAACUGACUGCUUCUGGGUCUCAAAAGUUAGAGGACGGAGAUCACAUGGAGUAGAAGAGUUAUGUUUUAUCUUUAUUCUAGUUUAGUCCACAUAACAUGGCUGUACAGCUGGGUGAAUGUCACCGGUGGUAGUUUCAUGCAAUUUUGUAGCCUGAAUAGCCAACAUUUCCGAGUGGUUUUGGAGCAAAGAAAGACAGAGGAAUGAUGGGGAGUGGGAUUUUCUGUUUUGGCCACUUGAAAAAUGGAAGGAGUGCCAUUUUUUGCGAGGGGGAGAGGAAUAGGGAGGGGUUGACUCUCAUUCCUUGUUCUUUGCUCUGAAACCACAUGGAAACGCUUGCUACGCAGGCUAGGAAUUAUGCUCAGUUUUGUUGAAUGGUGCCAACACUGCUUGUCUGGGUAGGCAUGAUUGUUGCCCAAAGGUGACAUGGUUGGAAGCUUUUGGAAUAAUUAGGUCAUAAAAUUUUAGGUGCCGAGCUAAUUGUAUUUUAUUAAAAAAAAAAAACAUGAUUAUCUUGAGCCCAUGGUUGAUUUUGUUCAGUGGUCAAUGCUUUUCAAAUUGAAGUGGUUAGUACUGAUUCUCUAAGCGAUAAUUAUAGGGUGCGAUCAUGGUGAAAUGAAUGAGUGAUCACAGAUGCAGAAUUUUUUGGUAAUCGAUCACAACAAAAAGCACCAUGUGAAAACCUUCCCUCCCCUUUGGGACCCUUUUGGAGAGCAUGUUUUUGUGAAGAGCCCUUCAAUUAUAUUGCUUCAUGCGAACUAACCAUAAAGGGGUGGGGGUCCUCCAGACACUUAGAUAAGAGGGGGGCUUGUCUCCCCAAAAAAUUUAGUUCUUGGCCCUUCCAGCCACAGUUUGACUCAAAAAUUAGGGCCCGGGCCCGGGCCCCUCCCCUGAAUCCACCACUGUCUAGUCCCUGUGAAAGGUCACAUUCAUUAAUGAAAAGAAAAAGCCCAAAGAAAUUGAGCAUUUUAAGAAGAAGCUUGCAUUCAGUUAGUGAUCCUUUCCUCCUUGUUUUCCAUAUUUAUUAGAUUUUUACAACUUGAUAACAUGAGCGUGACAUUCAGUGCAGUGUUGCGUUACGACGACAACGGAAAGCCCGGGGGAAAGAUAUAGUCAACAACCAGGGGAGUCCAAUCUUCCUUCAGUGGACAACCUCGGCAGAAAUGAAGCUGGCCGUUUACGGCAAAGGUUUUUGUCAGCGUGGAGUUAAAACGGGAUUUUGCUUCGGCGGCCGCCCGGGAGCGGCCGAGAGUUUGACUUUUGAGAAAGGUAAACAGGGCACUUGAACGACGAAUGUGUAAAUAAUAUAAGAAGUUUUCUGAUUGGUUUAUUUCCUUCGUAUCCAUUGUCUCAUGGGACAACAAAAACGUGCAAAACGACAAAACCAGUUAUGUUGUACUUUGCGUACAAAUAAACAUUUGCAUUUGAAUAUCCGAAUCUCGGAGUGCAUAUUGACAUUUGACCACAAUUUCAAAGUUCUGUUUGUUAAAAAACGCACGUGGCAAAACACAAAAAACACUAUGGCCGAAAACAAAGCUUUGCUCAGUACGCCAAAGAAGCCCAAGACCGUAAGCCCUGGAAGCGGCGAAGAUAUUCCAUUAGGAUCGAGGCCAGAGUCGAAUCCAACUGUUGUUCAUUUGGGAGAGAAUGCGCCACUGAUUCAUGGCGAGUCCGAGGCAGCAAAAAGCCUUCUUGGGAUCAGUCUCUCAAGAUUGAAUUUAUCCCGGAGUUUGAUGAAAUUACGUUCUGCCACAAUGACUGUGUCACUGAUCGAGAGGCCCUCAGAUGAUAGGCGAGCCAAUGCGUUUCUCGCGGGAUGGAACGUCACUAAUCUGAUCCAAGGAACCGGGAUAUUGGGAAUUCCGUACGCUGUAAAGCUUGGAGGGUGGGCUGCAGUCGUUUCUAUCUUUGUGUGCGGCAUUCUCUGUUGUUACACGGGAAAGCUAUUGGUCGAUUGCCUCUACGACGAGUCCAAGCGCACCGGCCUACGGAAAAGGGUCAGGGUCAAUUACCCGGAUGUUGGGGAAGCCGUGUGGCCAAGAUGGGGCAACAGGAUUGUGAGUGCGGUACAAGUGUGUGAGAUGUCUGGGAUAGCUGUCACUUACAUUGUGUUACUGGCAUCUAUCUUCCUGGACUUCUUCCACAGUAUGACUUCCAUGGAUGUCUACAAGUGGACUGUAGUGGUGGCAUGUUUUGUCCUUCCUGGAAUUUUCAUCACGCGUGUAUCAAUCAUUGCCUGGAUCAGCAUGAUCUCAGUUUUCUCACUUUUCUCCGCAGUGCUCACAAUCAUAAUAUACUGCAUCACCCAGUAUGAUAAGAUGAGGCUUGACAAUAUGCCUGGUUUUCAGUUGAACUCUUUUCUGAUUGGCUUCGGCAUCAUUGUGUUUAGUUUUACUGCACAUGCUGUUUUUCCAGGAGUCGAAGGAAGCAUGCGUCAUCCGGAACAGUACCCCAUGAUGCUGAACGUUGCAUUUGCAAAUUCCACCAUAACCAAGAUUAUCCUGGGGAUGAUGGGGACAUUUCGAUAUGGAAGUGAACUAAACCAGGCCAUUACCAUCAAUCUCAAAAGCAGUCAAGUAUUUUAUAUCUUAUCAAACACCUUUGUUGUUGCCAAUGUUGUCCUUGCUUUCCCAUUGGUCAUGUUUGUUGUCUUGGAAACAUGGGAUGACAAAAUGCUCCCCUACUUUCCACACGUGGGAAAAGAAUCAAGUUUUCAUUGGUUCUGGCUGCUUCUGACACGCCCACUCCUCUUUACCUUUGGCGUAUUUUUGGCUAUCUCUGUUCCUCAUUUUGGCCUGGUCAUGGGACUACUUGGAAGUCUGACUGGUACCAGUUUGUGUUUCAUAUUUCCAUGCCUUUUCCAUCUGAAAUUGAAGUGGAAGAAACUGGCGUGGUAUCAGGUGGUGUGCAGGGUUCUUAUUGCCAUCUUUGGAUUUGGCUGUGGAAUCCUUGGAGCAGCAUUUACUGGCAUUGAACUGGUUAAUGUAAGUAAAUAGGAUAUUGAUAGUUAAUGAGAGCUUUGCCUUGAAGUAUGUCAACAGUCAGUAACUAACAAUAAAAAAACUGUCAGUCCUUUUUAAAAACAGAAUGGCUGAUUGUUAUAUAGUAUAGAUUACUACUACUGUCUACCCUGCAAGAAAGUAGAGGCUACAUUUUGGUUUUGGUGACUGGAUGCAAAAAGUAGCCUUUGCCAACACCAAUCAUUCCCAUCUAAAAUAUAGCUAAUCUAUUUUGUGGCCGGAACACGAAAGAUUAUUUUUCCUCGAGGGUAGUUGACUAUCAGUCGUCACUAUUUGUGCAAGGAUUGUCUCCAAACGAAAAAGACAAAUGCUUGCUCUUAGAAAGUGCAAAAACAGUGGCAACACUAUCAACCUCAAUAUGAAAGAUUACGUGAGAGGAUAAUCUCUAUCUUUUUGUUAUUAUAUUUAACAUCUUUUAUAUAAUGUUAUGUAAACUGUGUAAGUGUGUUCUGGUGUACAGGUCACUACUCCCUGUUGACAACUGGCUUGAGAUCUGUUUGAAAAUUAUGUCAUUUAUAGAAACACAGCACAGUUUUAGUUUGAUCUGCUAUAAUGUUAUUGUGCUCAAGCAUUCUGUAAGAUGCAUGUGCUUGUGUAGUUUUCAGUAAAUUGUUGACAUUCACUGAAUGAAAUAGAAUGAAAAACCCUUGGUUCAUUUCUUGCAGAAAAACCCCAAUCUUCAGCAUGAUAAAUAAUCAUAAUUUUUAUUAUCACAAAUAUUUAUUAUCACAACAAUUAUUACUGUUAUUAGCAUUAAAAAUAUUAUCGCAACAAUGUUGUUAAUGUGUUCAUAUCAGAAAAAAUGAUGCUUACUGGACUGAGCACUUGUAAGACAAAACGUGCUCCUUUUCCUCUUGAUUCACAUGAUGGAGCUUUUGCAUGUGCAACACAAAAUGGGACCAUUGUAGGCUAGGUAGAGGUUGCUUUUUACAUGCCAAUGAAAAUUGCAAAAAUUUUACCUCUGCUCAGUGGGUAUCGUAAGUCAUACUCAGUUGGACUCAUCCAGAUUGCAUACUUUGGUAAUACAUUAAAAAAAACAGCUCUCUGAUUUUGUUCUGCUUUCCAUUAUCUGCACGCCUGGAGCAGGCUAGGUUUGGAAGUACUGUCCAACCUCCUAAACAGGGACACCAAUGGGGCAUAGCCAUGUUCCUGCAUAACAGUGGUGUUGUAUUACAGCGGUAGGGAUAGUAUAAGUUUGGCAUCAUUUGAAUUAAGAGAAAUGACCACAUAUAGAGGUGUCCAUAUUUUGAGGAAAGAAGUUCAUAAGUUUAGCAUUGCUGUGACCAAAAGAAUUGUCCACAAUAGAGCGGUGUCCAUAUUAUGGAGAAAGGAAUUCUAUAGGCUUGGCAUCCUUGGGACAAGGAGUAAUGCCCACAAUGGAGAAGUGUCUCCAUUUUAAGUGGAAGGAAUUGAGAAGAAGAGAAGGGUGAAGUCACAAAAAUGCAAAUUUGUGAAAUUAUGGGAUUGGCUGGCAUAUUCGGAAAGAGUAUAGACUGCGAGCAGUCUGUCUUUUUCUUCAGAUUUAGUAAGGGGAGUGCACGCGCGCGCGAGCGAGCGUUGAGCGGCGAAGCCGCGAGACGCGAGAAACGAUGGCGCGUGCGUCUCCCGUCUCGAGCCUUCAGUCACGCGCGUGGUCAUUUGCGUGUUUGGGGCGUUUUGCUCGACGGACCAAGAAAAAAGAGAGACUGCUCGUAGUCUAGAAAGAGUAAGACGCAAUAAGCCCCCUUGCCAAAAAUUAACCUGUUGAAGUAUUUUGGUAGGGAGAUAAAAGCACCGUUAUGCUCUGAUCACUCCAUAAUUGGCCUGGAUCGUAAUGCUUUUGAUCCAGCCCAAUUUUUAAAGGGUUUACAUGGAGAUAUCGGAGCAUUAAGGUGCUUUUAUCUCCCUACCAAAAUACUCUAACAAGUUGAUUUUUGGCUUCUUUCAUCUUACUCUUUCCGAAUAUGCCAACCAAUCCCAUAAUUUAACAAAUUUAGUUUUUGUGACAUCAUCACUUCUAUUCUCUGUUGUAUAAGUUUGGCAUCGUUGGAACCAAAUGGAGAACUAUCUACAGUAGAGGGGUGCCCUUCUGUGUAAGUGUCGGUACGUAAGGAGAGGUAGAUACGGAGCUUACUUAGUGAGUGUUCUAUGCUUGUUGGUGGAGAAUGUAUGUACAUAAAUAAGGAAAUAAAUUAAGAUGCAUUGUGUAUAACUUUAACAAUUUGUUUGGAUGCACAGCUAUAAGUACUGUAGAUAAAUAAAUGUUUUCAACCCACCAGUAGUUUGAUUCUUGCUCCGGGUUAUGGACUUCCUGUGUAAGUGCGAUGGAUGACGUUUCGACAAACCUUAAACGAUGCUUGAACACUUUAUUCUAUGUGUGCAAUAAUAGUAAGAACACGGGAACACAAUAUUCGAAACAGAAAAGUCAGAAAAAACACUUUAACAGCAUUUCCCUUCAGGGUCACUUCCUGUAAAGGCCUAAUCUCUUACCCACAUCCAGAGAUUCAAACCCUGGCAACUAUAAAAAGGGUCCACUAGGGGGGUCCAGGGGCAUGCUCCACCGGGAAACAGUUUAAGAUAUGUGUGUGCCUCUAAGGUGCCAUUUCUUGCAUUUUGAGAUCACAGUCAUUGACUCAAUGGAAAAUAGUGGAGUUUUUAACAGGCAGUGGAAGCUAAGGCCGAUUGGUCCCUGUCACAUCGACAGUCUAUCACAUCAGUGCAUCACCACGCCCAAAAUUAUCGCAGGCUCGUGCUCGGCCGGAUGCCGAAAGGGUAAAAAUGGCUGAGAAACCACAGAGGAACGGCAAAGAAUCGUGCUAAAAAGGACUGGUUAAUUAUAAAGAAAACGUUAUCUUUCUUUGGCUGGGAGGAGGUUCAAUUAAGCGAAAACGGGGGGUUUCCGGCCAAAACGGGAGGGACCUCUUCCUCCUUGUUUUUCACAUAGCGGCGAGUGCGAAACGCGAGUGACUAAGCGCAAAAACCAUGGGAAGGAGAAAGUAGCUCAGGGAUGUCCAUCUCGCCUCCCUGCGCGCAAAGUUUCAUCAAGAGGGACUUCUGGGUACUAGGCAGGUCUUACGCCGAGAUUAUUAUUAGGGACUUUAGAUUCAACGAAUCGACGGCAACGAGAACUUCUAAAAGAACAAUAGGUAUAAUAAGCAAAACAACAACUUUGCACGUGCAUCACACUUUUUUGUACAUUUCUUUGCCGCUCUUGCACGACUAAGACGUCAAAAUGCCUCAUUUCGUGUUAACAAGCAACGAAGAAAUUUUAUUCCGCUUUCAGAACUUGAAUAUGUUACCUUGGAGUGCAAAUUUGGGAGGGCUCGCGUACAUUUGACAAAGUAACUAGUAAGUAGGAAUAAUCGCGAUAAAGACUGAGAGAACGCAAAUUUACUUUUUCAGCGACGUUCCCUAUAGGGAGCGACGGCGGCGGCCACGAGAACGGCAAGAAAGCAGAACAGGUUUAGAUGAGCAAAAACAACUUUGCACGUGCAUCACGCUUUUUUUGUACAUUUCUUUGCCGUCGUUGCACGACUACAACGUGAAAGUGCCUAAAUUCACGCUUUGUCGAGGACGGGAACACAUGAAAACAACUUUCUUUUUGUUUUCUUGAACUUUGAUACAGUCCUUUAGAACUGGCUUCCUGGUUAUAUGAAAGACAGUUUGCAUUUGCUGCCGUUUAAAGUGGUCAUUAAUGUGUGGGGGUUGCCAUUUGUCGAUAGAAGUAUACAAAAGUGGUACCUUUUAUGUUGAAAAUGAUGGUAUAUAAUUUAAAAGGGUAAGGGUUAGGACUUCGGGCCGGAGUCUCCCCGUUGAAAACUUUGUUGAGCCUCAACUCCGCCUGCCCCCCCUCCCCCUUCCCACCAAACUAACUGGGCAUUUCCCGGAAGGAAAGAAGCUUUAGACCAGCGGACGAAACAGUUGUACGCAGUCAUCAUUUUUUGACAACAGGAAUAAACGGGGUAGCCUGUAUACAGAUGUCCCCUCUUUUUCUGAGGGAGAGGGGACGUCUGUACUGUACUGUACUGUAAUCGGGGUUAUGGCUUCUGUUGUCUGUUCAGUCUGUUGAAUUUAUUUUUUAAUAAAAGUUCCUUCGGAUUGAUUAUAAUUUUUUGGAGGUUAUUUUUCUCUAACCAAUUAGCCCGUGUACCCGCCUCCCCCACCUCUCUGGAAAAAUUGGAGAGGGGGCUGCCCCUUCUCUGAUUUUUCCUGAGGGGAGAGGGGUGUCUGUACACAGGCAUUAAUCUGCUUUAAAUUCUUGAGAUUUUCCCUGGAAAUAAAUAAACUUGGAGGGCUGUGCGGCGCCGUCAUGCCCACCCAAAUUGACAAGCUAGAUAGAUAGCUAGAUAGAUAGCUUUAUUAAAAAUCCAUUGCAGCCCAAGGGCUGGAUUACGGACUGUACAAUACGUUGAAUACUAAGACUAACUAUUAUAAAUCAAUAACAGUAAAUAAAUAAAACAAAGGAACAAAGAUACUACGUCAUGAAAUUUAAGAAAAUAGCCGCGAAUUUACAAUAAAACCAUUAGAAAAUAGCCGCGUUAUGCAUGAUAAAACUAUUCAUUAGUCUAUUUGUUCUACAAAGAGGUACGUUAAAAGCGCGCUUUCUCCUUAAGGCUACAGUACUAAGAUUACGUGGCGGCAAAAGGCCAUGUAAUUUGUGGAGGCUGUUGUCCUUAAUCUCAUUGAAUAGGCGCUCUGUCAGCCAUUGGCGCCGUUGAUGGAGGGUGGAAAUAUUGCACUCUUUGAGAGCCUCUUGAUAGCCUAAAUCUGGGAAAAUAAUUCUAAGUGCACGGCGCUGAAUUUUCUCAGCUCUUCAGAGAGAUACUCAGGCAGACCAUUGUGGAAAACUUGGCAGGCAUAUUCAGACAUGGGCCGGAUACACGUAGUAUAGAAACAAAGUAGCUGCGCAGGAUCUCCUUUUGCACGCUUAAGCUGCCUUAAUAGAUAUAGCCUAGAGGCUCCUUUUUUUGAUAACAUUCUCUAUGUGAGCGUUCCACUUCAGAUUGUUUGAAAUUGUGAGACCAAGAAGUUUUGCGCUAGUUACAACCUCAAUUGGUUUGUUGUUAAUAGUAACUGCUUCGAAAGGAUCUACAGACCUUGAGAGACUUAUCUGCAACUCUUUACACUUGGUCUCAUUCAAUUGGAACUUAUCUAUUUCGGCUUGCCUAACUAGGUCGUCUACAGCAAAUUGGAUUCCACUUGGUUGGCCCUUGUGGACUGUCUCGGCCAUCGAUGUGUCAUCGACGUACUUCAAAGGUUGACGCCAUUGACAUUGAUGUCAUUUAUCAUUACCAGGAAGAGCCAGGGCCCCAAUUUGGUUCCCUGCGGGACACCUGCCUUGACAGAUCCCCAAUCCGAGUAGCAAUCGUGGGCGAGUUUCACUCGUUGCUUCCUGUCAGUAAGAAAAUCUGCAAUCCAGUCCAGCACCCAAGGUGGUAGCUCAUAGUCAGUAAGUUUAGCCAUAAGAAUGGCGUGGUCGAUGAGAUCGAAUGCUUUCCUAAAGUCAAAGAGCACCACGCGCACUGUAGAACCGUUGCCGUCAGUAUUCUUAUACCAGUUGUGGAGCAUGCUGAUUAGGGCAUGCACUGUGCUGGAGUUCGGAACAGGAAGCUUCACAGGAAACAACGAGAAGUUAUUGAAACAAUUAUUUCGCGCAUGCAUUUCCUGCACUUUUCCUGUUACUUGGAGACGACUUCCUGAUGAGCACGUGUUAGUCCAGAGGUCAAAACAAUCGCAGCCCUUAAAUCCCCCGAUAAUGACCCCGGGCAGGAUAUUUGGCGAUUUGUUAUUGUUUUGUAUUGUACGUGUGGAGAUGUGUAAUCUGCAUGUUUGGAUGGGACGUGACAAGUACACUUCUUCUGUGCAAUAACUAUCGGAGACUUUAAACUGGUCUUCAUUCUGAGAAGAACGACCUAAGACGAAAAAAAUGAAAGCAAUAGCGAUCUCACAGGAGCACCCAACGAGGAUAUAGUUCAAAACCACUUAACAUAGCAUUGUUGAACGUAUUUUAGUAUUCAAACGGUAGAUAUAGGCAUAUUUUUAUCCCCUAAAAACUUUUCAUCUGUUCGGAUUUCCUAGCUGAAAGUCUAGUGAUCCGAAAAUUAUAGGGAUAAAAACUUAGCUUCUCGAAAAUUUCAGCCAGGAAAAGGCUCCCGAAAAUUCUAGGCGGCCUUUUUUGGGGUCAAAAUACGUUAAAAAUGGGUAAUUAUACCAUUUUGUAGAUGUUCGAAAAUCCUAGGAGAGGCAGGCAAGCAAGAAAUUUUACAACAAAUGCUCCGAAAAUUCUAGAUCUGAAAUCGUCUUCCGAACAGAUAUUUUCCCGAAAAUUGCCGUUGGGUGCCCCUGAUCUCAGAAGACAGUGAAGAGAUCGCGCUGAGUAACCGGGAGCGGGAUGCAAGUGAACAGCCGACGGUUGUGACGUUAGAUGAACAAACGCAUCUCUUGGGAAGGUCAAGCUUUCAGAAGCGAAGAUCUUCUUCUAUGAUGGGUGGAAGCUUUUCUAGAGGUGCGUUUUCUCAGAGCAUACAAAAGCUCAAAUCGGCUACCAUGACCGUUUCUUUGCUGGAAAAGCCGUCGGACGAUCGUCGCGCUUCGGCCUUCCUCGCCGGAUGGAAUGUGACAAAUCUUAUCCAAGGAACUGGGAUUCUCGGAGUGCCGUAUGCCGUGCGUAUGGGGGGAUGGGCAGCAGUUGCUGCUAAUGCACUGGUAGCCUUCCUGUGCUGUUACACCGGUAAGCUGUUGGUUGAGUGUUUGUAUGAAACAUCCAAACGUACGGAGAAAAAGAAACGCGUGCGGGUCAACUACCCGGAGAUCGGAGAAGCCGUAUGGCCUGGAUGGGGCAACCGAAUUGUGAGCUUGGUACAGUUUUGUGAAAUGUUUGGGGGAGUAGUGACGUACCUAGUUCUCUUGGGAACUAUUUUUAAUGACAUUCUCCGCAAAGUCGCACCCCUGGAUAUUUACACUUGGUCAGCUAUCAGUGCCUGCGUUGCUCUGCCUGGACUCUUUAUUCGAAGGGUGUCAGUGAUUGCAUGGAUCAGCAUGAUCUCAGUUUUUGCCCUGAUGUCGUCAAUUCUAACAAUCAUUACUUACUCCAUAACACAAUACAAUGACAUGAGCAUAGACAAAAUUCCACCAUUUGACAUCAAUACUUUUCCCGUCGGUUUUGGUGUGAUUGUGUUCAGUUACACAGCUCACGCUGUGUUCCCAGGUGUCGAGGGAAGCAUGCGACAUCCAGAACAUUACCCCAUGAUGAUGAAUGCUGCAUUCCUUUUGGCUGCUAUCGUCAAAGUAGCCUUCGGUCUGUUGCCUGUCCUCAGAUUUGGUGUCAAUACAGAGCAAGCUAUUACAGUUAACCUGAAAACCAGUCAAGUUUUCUACAUCUUGGCCAACGUUCUGGUGGUGACCAACGUAUUCACUGCCUUUCCUAUUGUAAGCUACAUCGUGCUGGAGACCUUUGAUCAAAAAAUCUUACCCUUCUUUCCACACCUACAGAAGGGCACAAAUUAUCAUUGGUUCUGGAUCCUAGUUUCUCGCCCCCUUGUUUUGUCAUUUGGGCUUCUUCUGGCCAUAGUUGUCCCCCACUUUGGGUUAGUCAUGGGGCUGGUGGGCAGCUUUACUGGUACUUGUCUCUGCUUUAUGUUCCCCUGUAUUUUCCACAUGGUCCUGAAGUGGAAAGAGCUCAAGUGGUAUAACAUUGUGGUGAGGGUUUCAGUUGUAAUUUUUGGAUUUAUUUGUGGAGUUCUUGGUAUUGUAUUUACAGCUAAAGAGCUUGCUAGGGCUGUAAGGGGUAUAUAA